ACGGUCACACUGAUAUCAACAACCAAUAACCAAUGCCAUUCGAUGCUCGUCUGCGAUUCUGAAAGAUUUUAAACUUUAAACCCGUUGAUUAGCGCACAAACACAACGUCAUCAUGGGCAAUAAAUCAUCGCUGUUCCUGCGUAACGAGGAAAUCGCCCAAAUACAGGAGGAAACUGGCUUUACUCCCAAUCAAAUCGAGCGUCUUUACUCGCGUUUCACAUCGCUGGACCGUAAUGACUGCGGCACUUUGUCACGAGAGGACCUCAUGCGCAUUCCUGAGUUGGCGAUCAAUCCAUUAUGCGAGAGGAUAGUGCACUCCUUCUUCGCGGAAAGCAAUGACGAUCGUGUCAACUUCCGCCAGUUCAUGAACGUUCUGGCCCAUUUCCGGCCGCUGCGGGACAACAAGCAGAGCAAGCUGAACAGCCGCGAGGAGAAGCUAAAGUUCGCCUUCAAGAUGUACGAUUUGGAUGACGAUGGCGUGAUCAGUCGGGACGAGCUGCUCUCCAUUCUGCAUAUGAUGGUGGGAGCCAAUAUCAGUCAGGACCAGCUGGUCAGCAUUGCCGAGAGGACGAUUUUGGAGGCGGACUUGUGUUGCCAGGGCAAGAUCUCGUUCGAGGAUUUCUGCAAGGCGCUGGACCGAACCGAUGUCGACCAGAAGAUGUCCAUCAGGUUUCUUAACUGAAUUGGUUUUGGAGACCAGGGAACUAGCAAAGGAGCGAGCUUUUUAGUCAGUGUUUACCAAAUAGAUUAGGAUGAGGUCAGUCGAGGGUAGUGGCGGUGUUUGAGUGAAGUCUCUGUGGAUUUCCAGACAUAAGAUGCGAAAAAGGUCUUUGCUUUUGGAAAU